UCUGCACAGGUCUGUGGUGGAGGUGCUCGCCGGCGAGCUAGCUUGUUUUUUAAUACGUUAUAAUAGUGGCAUUACCUAAAUUAACCAGUUCACUGACAGAAGUAGCCAUCGAGUCGAUGUUCUGUGUUAUUCCUAAGCAGCAAAUAAACCAACAUAUUAUCAUAUUCACCUAUUAUCGCUUCCAAGGACGUGUAAUGAUUAACACACGUAAAGCCUAAAGUUGACGCUGAUUCUUAUGGUUUGUACUCUGGCUGUAGUAGAGGCUGUUUGUAUCACGCACCAAAAUCUAAUAGAUGAAAUGAAUGCUUUUUUCCAAUUAUUCGGCGAUACGAAUGGGCAAAGAGCUGUUUACACGUUCAGAAUCUGGACAGUUAGCGAUUCACUGGUGUUACUGUACAUUCGGGUUGCAUUCGCUGCCCAUUUGUUGGGUACGAUUGCAAAACAUUCGUCGUAUGAAUGUAAAUUUUAUUGACGUGUUAUCACAAGUACAUUCACAAUACACCUGUUUUUAUAACUACAUACCGUACCAACCAUACGAAUUGUAUCGAUCCAAACGUUUCUAACUUAAAAUGUAAUGCUCUUUUUUUCCAGACAGGGUUUAAUUGAAUUUACUUCAUUUACUGUGGCGACCCCUGAAGGGAAAAGCCGAAAGAGAAAGAAGACUGUUUUUUCCAGACAGGCAUUGAAGGCAGCAGUGGGGUUGGCUGACGUUAGCUUUUCGCUGUUAUGCUAUGAGUUGAGCCAACUUAAGUGCUGGGAAUGCAGCCGCCGCUUCCACCUGAGGUGGUCAGAGAGUUAGUGUGCUCCUGUCUGCAUAGAGAUCCAGUGGCAGCAGAUCUUCGUUGCAGCCUGUUUGUUGCUGCCGCACAAUACUACAGGAGGGACUCUUUGCUUCGACCCUUCCCUCCUCAGUACAUCCACGAGGACGCGAAAGACUUUGAUGCACUGCUGGCCGAUGUGAAUUCUUUCCCUGGUGUGAGAGCGUUGGUUAGACUGCGACCAGGAGAGGGACAGCACCAUGUAGCCCUCACACACUGGAUUCUCUCUUCUAAGAGCUUUGCUGUCAAGACGCUACAAAAGGAUGAAUAUGCCAAACUUUGUGCCCUGACAGAAAACGACGGCGUUUCUGCACCAGUGCCAGACUUCCUGUUUGAGUUGGAGUACUGCGACCAGUUGAAUGCGAGGUUUGAACGGACCAGAGCGGGCAGAGAUGUCUUCUACGCUUUCCAUGGAAGUCGCCUGGAGAACUUUCACUCCAUCAUUCACAACGGGCUGCACUGUCACCUCAACAAGAACUCAGUGUUUGGAGAGGGGACCUACCUCACCAGUGACCUCAGCAUGGCCGUCCUUUACAGUCCCCACAGCAGCGGUUGGCAGGAAAGCCUCCUGGGUCCGCUUCUCAGCUGCGUUGCCUUGUGUGAAGUCAUCGACCACCCAGAUGUCAAGUGUCAGGUGAAGAAAAAAGACUCUAAAAUCAUUGACCGCCGGCGUUCACGGGCCAAAAAUAGCGAGGGAGGUGAGGUGCCACAGAAAUACUUUGUGGUCACAAACAAUCAGCUCUUACGUGUCAAGUACCUGUUGGUUUACUCCCAGAGGAGACACCUGUCCAGACAUUCCCACAGCACCUCCUGGUUCCUGAGACACCACUUUGCCAUCAUGAUGAGUCUCUACCUUAUGCUGCUCAUUUUCAUUGGCGCCUUCAACUCCAACACCUUCAUAUCUUUUUGGAACAGACGAUUCAGCUGACAAGACAAAGCUCAAUCUUUUUCCUUUAUACUCAAUUCCCUUUGCAAACCCAGCAUAUACGGUACAUCUUAUCAGUGAUUCAUAAUUCUAUUCAUAAAUCAGGCCGUUUUAUAACCUUUUUUUUAGAAAUACAAGGCAUUCAAGAAACGCAUUCCAACAUGUUGUGAUGAUGUGUACGAUUCUACACUGGUACUAGGUAUCAGUACUACAGUACUACUGUACUACUGUAAUGUUUGGCGAAACAGCCAAGCACCAGACUUAGUGGGCGGCAGCUGUGACGACAGUGAAGUAUAAAGAUCCUUUAUGGUCAUUAAGAAGCUGAUUUAAAACAAUAAUUGAAGGAUAAUCAACUACAGAGUAUGUUACCCUUCCCAUUCUGUGUUUUGAAGGCGAUCUGAAGGUUUAAGUCCGCAAGUCCGCUUAUUGUAGGGCUGGGCGAUACUGUACGUCCGUAUGAAAUCAUUCACUGCCAGCCAUUUUCAGAGAGGAGAGCUCCAUACUGACAGACUUUUUGGACAUUUAGCUCAACUUUCAACUUUCAAGACCCACAAAAUAUUGAGUUUUAGGACUACGUAAACGUUGGAACUAUGGAAAGAAAAAAUAGUUUGUUUGUAGCCCUUUUCUAAAUCAGCGAUAAAACAAAGGGCGGUUUCAGCGAAAAGACCUGAUUUUGACCAAAAACCAAAAAUAGAAAUGAGCUUGUUUGAGCUAUUUCGCCCUACCCUUCAUGAUCCCGACUGUCUUAAAUUCACACACAAGAUGCAUAAGAUUUGAUCUGUAGCUCCCGCGGAAAAAUGAUGUCGAUAAACGUAACUUUUUUGCUGUAAAUCUUGCUAUCUUGACGCAGACGUCAAUGACGAAGGAGCAGAAUGAAGGAACUGAUCUGCGGUGCGGAGCCGGUCAGAAAAGGAAAAAGCAGUGGCUCAGUCAUUUGGAGGUACUUUUCACCACCUUACCUUAAAACUUUUUUUAUGCUGAUGUCAGGCUGAUAAUUAUCGGUGCCGAUUACUACAAAUGUCAUUUUUGCAAAUUGACCAAAAUUGGCUUUAAAAAACCGACCAGUGUAGAACAUAAUUAAUACAAACAACAUAAAACAUACUUAAGCCAAGUUGAUGAAUCACGUCAGGGAUGCUAUAAAAUGUCUGCGAUGCAGUUGUCAUUUGUUAUGUCAUGGGUCGAGCACCGCAGUUCUUUACCCCCCCAAAAAAUACAGUGAUAGCAGUUUUGUGGUUGAAUAUGGCCUGUUAUUUAGUUUUUAAAAAAAAGCACAUUUAAGCAAAUUGUAUGUAUUCUAAACACUAAAUUAAGCAUUUGCUAGAAUAAAAAUGGCUAAAUGAAUGAAAAUACAAACGUAAGGUAUUCAGAAUAUGUAUUGUUGACUGUUGAUGAGACAAAAGCCACCGCCGGAAGUAGGCUGUCAUGAGUUACAUCUUAUUUAUGUCUAAAAUGUCUUAUUUUCUAUUUUUAUGUCUACUAUAUUGUGUGACUAUGGGGGGUUUAUUCCAUGUCUAUAGGGCUCUAGUAAUGCAAAAAAAUGUAUUUGCUGUGCUUAAACUAUGCAAAUAUUUCAUUUAUUCAGAAAGAAUCAUGCUUUGCUGAAAUUCACUUAUCACGAUCGGGUCUGGAACCAAUUAAUUACAAUAAGCCAGGGUUUGCUGUCUUGGGUAUUACGAGUGUAAAGGUGAUUAUAGGGAGUUAUUUUAUAUCUAGAGGACUCUAAUAAUGUUAAAACCCGUAUUUAGAGUGUCUUAAAGAGGUUUUUUAUGCUCUAACUAUGUCAAUUUAUAAAUAAGGAAUGCUACUUUACGGAAAUUCACUUAUCAUAGUCAUGUCUUGACCCAAUUAACCGCCCUAAAUGAGGGAUUACUAGAGCGGGAAGAGGCUGGGAAUGGGGGCACCCCCAUUACAGCCCCUAACUCGCCUCCCAAGCAUAUGUCAUCAAUGUUACAAAUGAUACUUAUUAUUGUUUUAAUAUUUACGGCGGUUUUAUGCUCAAAUGACUGCAUGAAGUCUUAAUAUUGAGCACCCCCCCUUUUCCUUUUAUUAUUCUUAGCUUUUAUUACAAUGUACACGGGUUAGCUUCUAUUUACACUUGACAUUUGAGAAUGUAAAGAUGUUACCUUAAAAUGGCUUAUUCACGCAAUAAAUUGUUUUACGAUGCUGA